CCCAACAGCAGAGCAGGGCAAUGAUAUCAUUGUAACGCGACUAUGGGGAAGUGGGCGGCGCGGCUUCAGAGCAGGAAGGUGAAGGGGGGAAAAACGCGGUGGACGGUGGCCGCUUGAGAACGUACCACGCAGGAAGCGAAGCGGUGUUGGGAAUACUUAAAUUACGCGAUGAAUCAUGUCCAAAGCAGGGGUCAUUCGUGUGGGACUUGGUAUAGUUCUUGGAGCAGCUGCAGGAUUAGGUCUCAUCUUUUAUUUCUAUAAACAGAAGAGAAAGAAGCCCAGUCAGAAAAACAAUUCAAGAUAUCCAGUUGUACAUUGUCAGCAAAAUGCUAUGCAUGUUCAUGAACAGGCAGAAACACUUCAGCCUUAUAAUCAGGUUCCCUGGAUGAGACCAGAACCAGUGGAGGGUGGUGACAGCGUUCCAUAUACAUCUCUUCUAACACAUGAAGAGCAGGCUGAAGUAUUGAACCGUCUUGAUUUUGUGCUCAGAAGCCUUAUAGAGUUGCGACAUGAGGUGAAAGAAUUACGAGACAGCCUACAGAGUUUAGCUGGAGAAAUUAUUGGCGAAGUCAGGUCUCAUCUAGAAGAAAGCCAAAAGGUUAUUCGGCGGAGGCGUUUUAUAUAUCCCAGAGAAAGAAGUGAUUCCACAGGAUCCAGCUCAAUAUAUUUCACAACCAGUUCAGGAGCUGGCAACACCGACGAUGGAGAAAGUGAGGGGGGAUAUACUACGGCCAAUGCAGAAUCGGAUUAUGAUAGGGAAUCUGAUAAAGAGAGUGAUGAAGGAGAAGAUGAAAUCAGUUGUGAAACAGUUAGAACUGGAAGAAGAGAUUCCUUGGACCUUGUCAAUGAAGAUGAAGCAACACUGAAUUUGGACACUGUUUCAGAAGAAGAACUUGCUCAGUUACUGCACCAAGCCGAUAGCUCACACAGAGGGACUGACCAGGAGAAGAGAGAAGGUUUCCAACUACUGCUUAACAAUAAACUUGUGUAUAGUGACAAGCAGGAUUUCCUUUGGCGUCUGGCCCGAGCUUACAGUGAUAUGUAUGAGAUCACCGAAGACAUAGAGGAGAAGAAAUCAUAUGCAUGUGACGGCAAAGAAGAGGCCGAAAUGGCUCUGCAAUUAGGAGAUCAAAAUGCUGACUGUCACCAAUGGUAUGCUAUUCUGUGUGGUCAGUGUUCAGAACAUGAAAGCAUACAAAAGCGCAUUCAAGCCGGACAUGCCUUUAAGAAACAUAUAGAUGAAGCCAUUGCUCUGAAACCAGAUGAUCCCAUGUCUUAUUAUCUCCUAGGCCGGUGGUGUUACCAGGUUGCUCAUUUGGGAUGGCUGGAAAGGAAAACUGCUUCUGCUUUAUAUGAAGAACCUCCCUUAGCCACUGUCGAAGAUGCACUGCAAAACUUCUUAAAGGCUGAAGACCUAAACUCUGGUUUUUCAAAAGUGGGAAGAAUAUAUAUUGCCAAGUGCUACAAGGAACUAGGGGAUAAUUCUAAAGCUGCUCAUUGGUUGACUCUGGCUUCAGAGUUGCCAAUUAUCACAAAAGAGGAUGCAGAAGGCAGCAGAGAAAUGGAAGAGAUGCAAGGAAUUUCUGCUGACGAAGGAAUCUUAAAUACUCCCUCCUACAAUGAGCAGUGAAGAAAAUUCCAGUAUAAAAAAAAAUCUCACCAUGGUUCUCACUAGGCUUCAAAACAAACCACACAGCGGGGGAAAAAAGGAAACUACUAUUUCACCACUUCUUUGUCCAAGAUUGUAGCCGGCAAUACCAAAUAGUUAAAGAAAUGUAAUUCAGCUGCCUCCCUUAUCACAAAAUAAGAUAAUCCUAAUUAACGCCUGUGUUUACCUGUUUGUAGAAGAGAUGCUGGCAAAUCCAUUAGUAUUAUUUCCAUGCUGCCUUUGGAGUAAUACCCAUCCAGAAAUGUCCACUACAUACAUUUUUUUCAACAAUUUCUGAGGAAAUUGAGAUAGCAUCAUAAAACAUGUAGAAUUGUUUAUAGCAAUAUAGCAUCCCUGUCACUUGUUUUUAUUUUUGAUCAAAUUACUCCUUAUAGGGGCUCUUAAGUGCUUUGUUCAUGUCAUUUGAAACAUCUGCUGGGUGCUUAUACUAUAUUUUGCUCUUAGAGAGCAAAGAGUAGUUUGGAAUGCCACUGACUUAAGAAAAAAAAAAUAGCGCGGGAAAUCUUUUAUUUUUUCCCCUUCUCCUAGUAUCACAGCUCUGAGUUUCUUCAGUGAUUGUUUCAACCUAAAGAAAUAUCAGGAAAAAUUGUUAAUAUAUUGCCUGAGUUGCAUCUCAUGGGGGAUGAACCAAUAGAUCAUGGCCUUUUGGGAAAAUUGAUUAUCUUUGCUGAAUAAUAUAUUAAUUCCUAUGUUUGCUAUUUAUUUAAGAUGUUUGUUGGUUUUAUGGAUAAGAAUAUAUGUGGCAUAUGACACAAAUAUUUGAAAAGUUGAGGGAGAGACAUAGUAAAAUCUACCAACGCUGUUCCAUGUGAUUUAUAAAAUGCAAAUUUAGGUGUGGUUUAAUAUUAUAAACGUAAGAAUGCAAAGUAAAUUAGGUUACUAUUCAGGAAAUUAGAGUUAUUAUCCAUCAUAACAAAUAAUGGAAAAUAUUCACUUAAAGUGCAAACCUAUUAAUCUUUUUAUGUUCAAAUACUUUUUUAAUGUUUGUUUACUAGUUGGCAGGGUAAAGGAUGGGGCCUGGAGUGCUGUCCUUUCUUGGAAUAGCACAGAGCGCCCAUCUGCAGCAUGUCCAGAGACGUCCUCCUAGUUCUUAAAUAUUUUUUGAAAGAAAUAACAUUACUGCCAGAAAGAACAAUUAAACGCUGUUAAGCACAACACAAAAAAGAAUUUGCUUCAAUUGCAGGGCUUAAAAAAUACAUAGCAAUGCAUUUCCCCCCUGGGAUUGCAGAGAAAGUACAUUCUCUGCAAUUCUGGGAAUCAUAUGUCUAUUUCAGUGUAUAGCAUGGAAAGAAAAUUAUAUUGAAAAAAAUAUUUAAAAGAGAGGGACCACAUAUAUAUGAAGAGAUUCUAUAGGCUAAUAAGCUGAAUUGUAUCAGAGAUAUAUGUUACAUAGAUAACAUCAGUGAAUAUGAGAUGGAAUGAAAUAACCAGUGAGUUUCCACUUGUUGUAAACCAAACACUUUUCCAGAAUUCAGUGUAACUGUUUUCUAUGUGUACUUUGAUUUUUGGCAGAUAUUUUUGAAACCAUCAUUUCAUAAUAACGAUAGCUAUAUUAUUACAGUGAGGUUUAAUACACUGCCAUGUUGGACAUUUCUGUACAAUAAGAUCAGAAACAACUUGCAAGAAUUUGAUCCCUUCUCAUAAAGAUGGAUAUUUCAUUGCUCUUAUAUUGCUUUUUUAAUUUUACAAAAUAAUGUGGAACAAAAAGCAAUAUUUCAGUCCAAAAUAAUGUUUCUUCAGUUUGUAACCAAAAACAUCUAGAACCUAUCUUGAAGUGUUUUAUGCUUCCAAACCAACAAUGUAAAGCCCAAGUUUCAUUUAGAUUACAAAGAAAUGUGAUGCUGCUAAGAUUAUAAAAUCUUACAAACAUUUUUGCAGAGGGAGUAGUGUAUAAUGUUUAUAGGACCAGGUGCUAAAAAUAUGCUACUAGCUUCUUAGCGAGUGGACUUCCUUACAUAUCUUCAAUAACAAUCUAUACAUUGUUUAGUGGAGCUCCCAAAGUUAAACUGAAGAAGUAAAAUAUAGAAAUAUUUUUAUUAGACAUAUGAAUCCUUAAUGUAAUAAUUCAUAUUUUAAAAAUACAUAUUUACUAGCACUGUUAAUAUUUUACUCUGGUAAUGUGAGACCAAACUUCCCCAGUUUCAUUUCCCAUGCAGGCUUCUAUAUAGCAAGCUAUUGUUGAUUUCCUCAUUUUGUUGGGUGGAAAAGAAAUUCCUUGUGGAACAUACCAUGUUUUUGUAUCUUGUUUUAUAUUACAGUGAGGUGUAGAGUAUAUUCAGUUUGAAGUCUUACAAUAUUAAAUGGGUGGCAUGUUCUAAGGGCAAAGAAAAAAACCUAUACUCUCUUGCUUUUUCAUGCAAAUCAUUUCAGUAUUAGGUUCAAAAUGUGCAGAAGCAAAUUUGAUGCAGAAAUUUUAUUCUGAUUGAAGCAGUCACCUGUUCAUCUGAAGCAAUGUUUCUCCACCUUGGAAGUUUUAAAAGGUAUUUCUAGAAUUCCCCAGCCCAACAUGGUGCCUGGGGAAUUCUGGCAGUUGAAGUCCACAAAGUCGCUGAGAUUAAGGAACACCAAUAUGAAGAGUCUCUUGUGAAAUCUGUGGCCUUGUUUGCAGAGAAGAAGUAGCCUGUGCCAACGUCAACUAGCUUGGUUAAUAUUUGAUUUCAGAACUCUGCAUUUAUUUAGCAUUUUUUAUUCUCUGUUAGAAUUGAGUUUUGAAAUGUAACUUCGUCACUUCCAUAAUUUCCAAAGCUGCUUUUUCUGUUUUGACUUAGGAGAAUUUAUAUCUCAUUGUGUAAGUUGAUGUUUUAUAUAAUUGACUGGUUUGUGAUUGCAGUUAAGUAAUUGUUCCUUCUCUGCUUUAAAGAUUGUAGCCAAAGUGAACAUGCAGAACAUUCGUAAGAAGUUGACCAGUCUACUGGUACAUGUUUGUGCACUGAAAAUUAAUGGAUUUGCAAGUUGUGUAAAUAUUUUAUGUCAACUAAUCAAAGCAUCAGCUGCCUAUUUUAAUACCAUUUUAGAACCAGGCUCAUUAUCAACAUUAAUAUGACAUUGUCUCAAGUCAUGAUUUGGGACAAAGCGCCUGUGAAAACCUUAUGUAGCAGGCAAACAUUUAGAGAAAAAUAAUGUUGUAUUGGUCAGAGACUUACAACCUGGUUUGAUAAACAGACUCAAUCCUCAGAAAUCAUUAUUGGCUAUCUUUGCCUUUAAGCCAAAAGAUUCCAGGACUAGCUGCAGGCUGCAGACUAGAACUAAAGAAUUCCUGAUUUCACCUUAAAAAUUUUCAUAUAGAUUUUCUUUGUUCUGCAGUCUCUGAGUUACGUUUUGUCUUUAUUAAGGCAGUCAAACAUUCCCAGGUUAGUUCUUAUUGGAAUCAAAACAAUGGAUGAAUUGUGGUUGCUUUUCUAAUUCAUGGAAAUACAGUUUACAUUUUAAGUAUAAAAAUUUGAGAAUUUAGCUAAUGACCAAAAGUGUUGCCUUUGAGUACUUUUUAGAAAAGACUAAAAAGAAUUUAUAAAAAAUGAAAAAAAAACCAACUAGAUUGCUGCGGUGCUAUAUCCUAUUAUCCAUGUGUAGACUCAUUCAGACUUCCCACUGAGUUAAUAUAUAGGGGUUUGCACUGCACUAAAGUAUACUUUGCUGGUUUUGCCUCAUUUUCACAUUUCAUAUGAAUUCUUCUGAAUUAGGACCUUGAAUGAUUUCAUAUUUGUUGACAUUAUUAAUUUACAAAUGUGUGAAAGCAUUUGUGUUAUAUGAUAGUCUUGGACUGCCUUACACAUAUUUUAACAUUGCAUACAACCAAAUUAAUGUGGGAUGGAUUCUAAAGUAACUGUCACAAAGAAUAAAGAAUUAAGAAAUUAAAAGUAUCAGUCUUCUUUAUAAGUGUCAACUUCUAGAUCUAGUCAACAAUGAAUGGAUGAUAUUUUUGAUUAAGACAUUUGGAACGACUAAAUUCAACAGUAGUUGUUAGCUGGGCUGUCAAACUUGCGGCCUGUGGGCCAGAUGCAUCAUGCACUGGCCAUCUCCACCCCAGGUUUAAUGAAGGGGAAGAAGUCGCAAUACAUCACGUGACGUGAUGCCGUGAGUUUAACACCCCUGUUGUAGGCAGAAUAUUGCCCACUGAUUGCUUUCUCUAUGUAGUUAAGACUCCAACAGCCUUUCCUCUAAAGAUGUAUUGGAGAAGAUGUAAUCAGGUAGAAUUAGUUUAGAGUUUUGAAGGCUGUAAGAAGGCUACACAGUGUCUACAUAAUUUGCAUUAAUGCAAGGAAACUUUUUCUUAUAAUUCUCUCCACUCCUUUGCUUUGACAAUAAUGUUUUAGUUAGUGUUCCAAAUCUCAAAGGAUGCCUGUGUAAUUAUUUUGAAUGAGAUGCAAUUACAGAGGAAAGUGACCUUUGUUCAAA